AUGUCUGAAAAAAAAGUAAAGUAUUUUCUAAAUAAAUACAAUAAAAUCUUCUAUUCACUUCUAGCAGGAUCAAUUGCUGGUGGCGUAGAAGCUACAAUAACAUAUCCAACAGAAUUUAUUAAAACACAAUUACAACUACAAGAUAACAAUAAUAAAAUUAUAAAAAUUAUAAAGAAAUUCAAAGGACCAAUUCAUUGUGCAGUAACUACAGUAAAAACACAAGGAUUUUUUUCACUAUAUAAAGGAUUAUCAGCCUUAGUGAUAGGCACAGCAGCAAAAGCAGGAAUCCGUUUUUUAACUUAUGAUCAACUUAAACUUUUGUUGCAAGAUGAUAAAGGAAACCUUACAGGACCUAAAUCUAUGAUUGCUGGAUUGGGAGCAGGGAUGGUGGAAGCUAUAACAGUUGUUACACCAACUGAAACAAUAAAAACAAAAUUAAUUCAUGAUACAAAUCGUUCUAUUCCACAAUACAAGGGACUUGUACACGGUGUUUCGUUGAUUGUAGCCAAAGAAGGAAUUGGGGGAAUAUAUAGAGGAUUGUUUCCUGUAAUGAUGAGACAAGGAGCAAAUCAAGCGGUAAGAUUUUCAGUGUAUUCAACUUUGAAACAAAGAUUCCAAAAAUAUUCAACACCAGGACAACCACUACCAUGGUCAGUCACAUUCUUAAUGGGAGCAAUUGCUGGUAUAAUAACAGUUUAUAGUACAAUGCCAUUAGAUGUUGUUAAAACCAGAAUGCAAGGAUUAGAUGCUACCAGUUUGUACCAAAAUUCAUUCCAUUGUGCAUGGAAAGUAUUAAAAGAAGAAGGAGUAUUUGCAUUUUGGAAAGGUGUGACACCUAGAUUGGGUAGAUUAUUGCUUUCUGGUGGGAUUAUAUUUACGGUGUAUGAACAGGUCAUGACUGGAUUAUAUAAACUUGAAAAUGUUAGAAAGAAGUGA